AGAUGGCACAUUUUUAUGACAGUGUUGGCAUUGUUCAUACUGCCACCCUUAGUGUGACGUAUGGCUGUUGACUAAAUAGAUUAGAUUAGAUUAGAUAGUACUUUAUUUAUUCCGUCAGGAGAGUUCCUUCAGGAAAAUUACAAUUUUCAGCACAAUCCCAUUCAAGAUCAGACAAACAUUACAGGGAGACAGAACAGGAUCGCUGACGGGUCUGCCGGCUUCCAGCGCCCCUUACAAAAAAGAUGACAUAAAGGUAAACAGGGGGGGUAUGGGAGAAAAGAAUAGAAGAUUAAAAUAAAAAAAAUAAAAAAUCGGUCUUAGCCUGGGCCCUGGAGUGGGGGUGCAGACUGAGGCCAAGGGGGGAAAAAAAACAACAACUCAUAGCCAUAGUACACAUCCCUCUUACAUGUGUGAAGUAUGCACUUCAUUCACUCGUGUGCAGUGUGCUCAAAGUCUUGAUGGUUGUAUCAUUCAUUUAUUAUCAGGCAUAAUGAAAUCUUGGUUAGACAUGGUUAAUUAUAGACUACAACAUUUGUGGAUUUUUUAAUAUGUAAAGCAGACCAAAUUCACCACUAAAUUAUCAAUAACAAGAUUGAUUUUUCAAAAAAUAUUUUAAAGAUGGAAAGUCGCCAUUAAUCCCACCCGUGGGUGCUUGGCGGGAUCGGUGCCUAUGGUUAGACAUGUCAUGCUUCUUCAUUCAGUUGAAAAAACACCAAACAGGGGCUAUUGACUCUGCCUAGAAACUUAAUGAUGGUUGUACAAAUUCAAUGGGUCAAUGCUUAGUGCUGAAUGGCUGCACACGUGUCGAGGUGGGGAUGUCACAUGACAGCCCAAGUGGACGACACAACGGGACAUCAGGCCCGUCUAAUCCCAGUCAGCACAGCAAUACAUGGACACACCACACAAGAGAAGCAUGAGGCAACACUGUGCACUCAAACAUGGAAUACUCAAGGAAUUCCUGGCAGAAUUCCUCGGCACCUUCGUUUUGGUUUUGUUUGGUUGCGGCUCGGUGGCCCAGACGGUCCUCAGUCGAAACUCUUUGGGCGAGCCACUCACUGUGCACAUCGGCUUCUCUGUCGGGCUGAUGAUGGCCGUGUACGUGGCGGGUGGAGUGUCAGGGGGCCACGUCAACCCUGCUGUGUCCCUGGCCAUGGUGAUUCUGGGCAAACUUAAAAUCUGGAAGUUUCCUUUCUACAUCAUCGCUCAGUUUCUGGGUGCGUUUGCAGGCGCGGCCGCUGUCUUCGGAUUGUACUACGAUGCUUUCAUGGACUUUACCAGUGGGAUUUUCUCGGUGACGGGGAUCAAUGCAACAGGUCACAUUUUUGCGUCCUACCCAGCGAGACACCUGUCAGUUCUCGGCGGAUUCAUCGAUCAGGUGGUGGGUACUGGCAUGUUGGUUUUGUGCAUCCUGGCAAUUAUUGAUGGAGGAAACAUUGGAGCCCCCAAAGGUGUGGAGCCACUGGCCAUCGGCCUGAUCAUCAUGGCCAUCGGCGUAUCCAUGGGUCUGAACUGUGGCUACCCACUGAACCCCGCCAGGGACCUGGGACCCAGGCUGUUCACUGCUGUGGCCGGAUGGGGGAUGGAGGUCUUCAGCACGGCAGGCUAUUGGUGGUGGAUCCCAGUGGCAGGGCCCAUGGUGGGGGGCGUGGUCGCAGCAGUCCUCUACUACCUGCUCAUCGAGCUUCACCACCACCGCGACGAGCCCGAGAAGCCCCGCGAGGAGGAGGGGGACGAGGAGGAGGAGGAAGACGAAGAGGACGAGGACUGCAGCCUGAAGGACAAAUAUGAGAUGAUUACGAUGAGCUAAACAAGAGACAUUCAUGACCUGCGUGUAGUUUCAUUUACUCAUGUUAUGGUCCAUCAGACAAAGAAUCCCCGCUACAGCUUCCAUCUCGGUGUGUAUGCUUUCUGGUCGGCCUUUUGGCCUGCUCACAACAUUACAAAUACAAUCUAAUACAACACUAAUGCUCCUUAUGCAAAAUCGUUUUGCGGUAUGCAGAGACAGGAAUGUGGUUUUCUGUUGUAACAUGUUACACCAGAAUAGAUAACUUGUAAAUACUGUACUGUCAGAUAUUAGAUAUUACACGCACAACAAUCUCCUUUAGGAUGUGCUCCUGUGAAUUUCCAGUGUAAUAGAUCAUUUUUUUUAGUACUGCUUGUAAUUUCUUAAAAGGAGAACUGCACCUUUUUUGAAUUUUGCCCAUUAUUCCUAAUUCUGAUGAAAAACAAGACGACAGAUCAAUUAUUUUUUAAAGCAUUCUAACUCGUAAAUAAACAAGGGCAGUUUACAAAGGAGCCAAUGGGCGCCUAUAAAAUCCAAUAAAUAACCAUUCAAAAAGCGCAUUUUUCGAUUUGAAUAUUAAAGGCCUACUGAAACCCACUACUACCGACCACGCAGUCUGAUAGUUUAUAUAUCAAUGAUGAAAUAUUAACAAUGCAACACAUGCCAAUACGGCCUUUUUAGUUUACUGAAUCGCAAUUUUAAAUUUCCCGGGAGUUUCUUGUUGAAAACAUCGCGGAAUGCUGACGUGUACGCGUGACGUCACGGACUGUUAGGAAAUAUUAGCGCUGCGCACACACACAGCUAAAAGUUGUCUGCUUUAACCGCAUAAUUACACAGUAUUUUGGAGGUCUGUGUUGCUGAAUCUUUUGCAAUUUGUUCAAUUAAUAAUGGAGAAGUCAAAGUAGAAAGAUGGAGUUGGGAAGCUUUAGCCUUCAGCCACACAAACACACGGUGAUUCCUUGUUUAAAAUUCCCGGAGGUGAAACUUUACUAUGGAUCAGAGCGGUCAAGCAAACAUGGAUCCUGACCACUUGUCAACCAGCAGUUUUCGGUGAGAAAAUUGUGGUAAAAAGUCGCCACUUACCGGAGAUCAGCUGAGCUUGUGCCGUCCAUACAGCUGCCGUCGACUUCCAUCAGACGCUGGCCUCAAGACACCCGUGGAUACACCCUUCCGACUAUCAGGUACUAUUAAACUCACUAAAACACUAGCAACACAAUAUAAAGAAAAGGGAUUUCCCAGAAUGAUCCUAGUAAAUGUGUCUAAAAACAUCUGAAUCCGUCCCAAUGCAAUCGCGUUUUUUUUUUUCCGAGUCCGUCGUUAUCAAUAUCCUCAAACACAAAUCUUUCAUCCUCGCUCAAAUUAAUGGGGAAAUUGUCGUUUUCUCGGUCCGAAUAGCUCUUUUUGUUGGAGGCUCCCAUUAAAAACAAUGUGAGGAUGUGAGGAGCCAUCAACAUGUGACGUCAUCGUCUGCGACUUCCGGUAAAGGCAGGGCUUUUCUGUUAGCGACCCAAAGUUGCGAAUUUUAUCGUCGAUGUUCUCUACUAAAUCCUUUCGGCAAAAAUAUGGCAUUAUCGCUAAAUGAUCAAGUAUGACACAUAGAAUGGACCUGCUAUCCCCGUUUAAAUAAGAAAAUCUCAUUUCAGUAGGCCUUAAACCAAGUAUUAGUGAAAUAUUAAAAGUGACAUUGUUAUUAUAAGCGCUAACGCGGACAAACUAUUUAUAGGGGAGCCGUGAUCACGAGCUUGUGUGUCUAUGUUGACAUCGUUGGCUGGUGAUCUGCCUUUUCGUGUCGCAGCUUAUGGAAGUUUAUUCUACAACAUAAAUCAUGCCUUUCAUCUUGAUAGUAGAAGGAUGAGGACGUAAUCCGACAAGUUGGUACACUUUAGCAUCCACUUAAUACCUGGAAAUGGCGAGAAUGACACAAAAUGAUGCUUGGUUUCACUCCCCUUUUUUCUUUGGAAGAAUUAUGCGUCAUUCUUCGUCUAAAUGGGAAUUAAUGAACAUCCAAGCAGUUGGCAUCCCAAUGACCGCAGACCUUGUAGAGUAAGUGAUGUUUUAUUAUGUUUGUUAGCUCUCAUGAAGUCUGCAGUGAAUAAAAAUCAGUGAAGUCUUCGAAGAAAAAAAAAACGUGAUACGUUUAUUAAAUUAAUUUACUGUGUAUGCCAAAAAUGAUAAAAAUCCAUAAAUAUUAAAUGUCAUUAUAAAUGUCCCUGUCACUACAUUGUGAAUUAGUGAAUUAAGUGAAGUGAAUUAUAUUUAUAUAGCGCUUUUUCUCUAGUGACUGAAAGCGCUUUACAUAGUGAAACCCAAUAUCUAAGUUACAUUUAAACCAGUGUGGGUGGCACUGGAAGCAGGUGGGUAAAGUGUCUUGCCCAAGGACACAACAGCAGUGACUAAGAUGGCGGAAGCGGGAAUCGAACCUGCAACCCUCAAGUUGCUGGCACGGCCACUACCAACCGAGCUAAACCACCAUUAACUCACAUCAUGUAUAUAAAACCUUAAUGGACAUGUUUGGGAUGUUUUCCUAAUGACUUUAUAGGCCGACUAGAGCGACUACCAUUGGCUUUAUUGUGAGUAGACUUUUGAUAGCAUUUAUUUAAUGUUUAGAAAUAAAAAAAAGACAAACGUGUGUUAUUGAUGAUUGUGAAUGAUAGGCAAAAUUUGCAAAAAAGUGCAGUUAUAUCCCUUUCAGCAUACCAAAUGUAUUCCUGCUUUUGUUUUGUUAAAACAAGAAAUGAUUAAAAAAAAAAAAAAAACAGUUAUUCAUAUCAGACUUCCUCCUCUUGCUUUAUCAGUUUGGUUGCUAAACUCAAAUGGACAAACAGACGAUUUAAAUAAGCCAAGCUAAUGAAAGUAAAUACUUAAAACUAACAAUUUACAUCACAAAACACUCAUUUUAGCGAUGUAUAAAUAGUUACAACAUACCAAACAUUAAUGUUAGCACUAACAGAAUAGUAAAUGGACACUUUUUCUUCUUAACACAAAUCCAUCCAUUUUCUACCGCUUGUCCCUUUUGGGAUCAUGGGGGGUGCUGGAGCCUAUCUCAGCUGCAUUCAGGCGGAAGGCGGGGUAAUCAUGGAAUAUAAUUUAGUUAAUGCGUUCAUAUCACUUAUUAUUUGACUUAAUAUUGUUUCUCAACAUACUUCAACGACAAUUCAUCACAAACGUUCUUCUUUGGAACUUACUCUCCUGAUUGGCUAAAAUUAUUUGACACUUAAGAGUCUACAGUGCCCCCUGUGGUUUUGGCACACACUAAAUAGUGACAGCAGUUG